AUGGGAGAAAUCAUUAUGUUGAACGGGAGUCAACCUGAUAAACAAUCAAAAUUCAACACUUAUGCUACCAUCACUUCAUCGCUUGCAACUGUGCAUUUAAGAGCCAUAGAAUGCAUUAAUAAUUUUCUUUUAAUCAUAGUAGAUAAUGUCGAAGAUAAAUGGUGGUUUACGCAGCAUCGAGAGGAUGAUCAACAAACAUGGGCAUUUCUAUUUGAAUUGAGUGAUCAAAUCACUGGAAAAGGAAUAUGGUUAGAAGGCGAUGUGUUAGGUGUAUAUAAUACAAUGCGUGUAAAAGUAAUUGGUGCAUUAGGUAUGAUUGCAAGGCGACAAAACGUUAUAAACGAUAACAAGUUCUUAAUGCUAUAUAUGACAUAUGCUAACAAAGAUUUUGAUUAUGAUGAGCCAGUUUUUGUUCAAGGUGGCUAUUUACCUUUACUCGAAAGUAUGGUUGAUGCAGUACGCAAAAUG